AUGAAUGCGGAUGAGUCAGAUAACGAAACAAAACAACGUGGUUCUAUAAAGGGGCACCGAGUACUUCAGCGAGAUAGACAAGCAGGAUAUCAGAGGUUGUAUCAAGAUUAUUUUUUAGACAAUCCUACGUAUGGGCAUUAUUAUUUUCGACGACGGUUUCGAAUGAGACGUUCAUUAUUUGUACGUAUUUGGAAAGCCGUAGAACAACAUGAUCAAUACUUUGUUCAGAAAAGGAACACAGCUGGCACUCUAGGCCUUUCUAGUCUGCAAAAAAUUACUGCAGCAUUUCGAAUGUUAUCUUAUGGGGUAGCUGCUGAUGCUACUGAUGAUUAUGUUCGUAUAGGUGAGAGUACUACAAUUGAGAGUCUACGAAGAUUUGUUUGUUCUGUUGUCGAGGUUUUUGGAGAUGAAUAUUUGAGAACACCUAACGAAGAUGAUACAGCAAGGUUACUGGCCAUUGGAGAAAGCAGAGGCUUUUCGGCAGAUGGUGAAGCUCCAAAGGUGAAUUAUACAAUAAAUAACAAUGAGUACACAAUGGGUUACUAUCUUGCCGAUGGCAUAUAUCCCUCUUGGGCUACUUUUGUGAAGACCAUUCCAGAACCACGCGGUAACAAGAAGAAAUAUUUUGCUACUGCUCAAGAAGCCUGUAGAAAGGACGUUGAACGAGCAUUUGGAGUUUUACAAUCUCGAUUCGCAAUCGUUAGGGGUCCAGCUCGAUUUUGGGAUGGGGACACACUCGGGCAAAUCAUGAGAGCAUGUGUCAUUAUGCACAAUAUGAUCGUGGAGGAUGAGCGAGAUGAUGAGCAUGAUAUAAAUUACGAAGGGGUGGGAGACAAGGUUAAUACUUCUCAUGAAGAAACACCAGAACUCGAGGAGUUUAUACACAACUACAGGAAAAUAAAAGAUAAAGGUAUUCACACUCAACUUCAAGAUGACCUCAUUGAACACAUAUGGCAGCAUCAUCCAGAUCUCUACAACUGA